AUGCCUCCAGAAAAAAGAAAAUUGGAAUCUUUAAUCCAGAAUGAAAAUAAUGAGGAUACUUCCAAGGAAGUGACAUUUAAAGUUCCUCGAAAAUUUGAUUCUUCCCCCAUAAAUAGUGAUGAUUACGGUAAGGAUUUGCCAGUUGAUAUUAGAAUCAAGGAAGCAAAACUAAGAAUAAAAGAAAAAGAAGACACCCUUAGAAAACUGAAACUUGUGAGAAUGUACCGUACAAAGUGGGAAACCCAGGAUCUAGAUUCUGUUACAGCUCAGUGGCUUCGAGUUUGUCAAGAAGCUCUGGAAGACCUCCGGUCUAAAGUUAAGGAAACCAUGAACAAUGAGAGUGGCCAAGAAUUGACCCUUGCAGUUUUGAUUAAAAACCUAGGAUUGGAUCCUGAACUUUUAAAGCUGGUUGAAGAGGAGGAUUGCUUUGCUACUUAA